CUCCAUUGUAGAGUAAGAUAUGAGUUUAAUUAAAGCAUUUCUUAUUUUAUAUUCUAUUUCAUUCUAUUUUUUAAAAUGGAGUGGGGUUGGAGAUACCCUAACCCUCGGACCAUCUUGAUUGUGACCAUGACCACAUGUCUGUUAUUAUCUGAUGUUUUAAUGUUGUAAUUCAUGUCUUGUAAAUACAUAAAAAGUUGGACUGACUUAAAAUUCAUGUGUCACUGAACAACAAUUUGUAAUCUAUUUCUCUAUUAAAAUUGUCAACAUGUUUACUAUAUGGAUUCAAACCCAUGAUCCAAUUUUUUUUGUGUACAUGAGUUGUUGAAAAAAAACACUCUAAGUUCCACCAAAUUUGAACGUAAAAUACUGCUUAAUUGUCCCAAACAGACCGGAUCAUGCCUAUUCAACUUUCAUGCCGUAUUAAAAUACUCACAUUGAAGGAUCAAGAAAUGGAUCCACGUCUAAACAGCGUGUUCCUCACGAACGAAUCAAGUUUUAACUUGAGACAAGUAUACACAUCUUAUUUCAAUAAGCCAUAUGAAUAUGAUCGCAACAUAGUACAUCAAUAUAUAUUACAACAUAAAUACUUUCUAAUAACCAAUGUUUCCUGUACUACAUUUUUUUUUACUCAAAACUAAUUAACAAAUAAAUUAGUAAGUUGACUGAUCUACGCUUUUGUAUAUACACUGUUGUAGUUAUUUAUCUUUUCAGAUAUGAGAUUCAUAAUCGGAUAGAACCAUACUUGACGAUAUCUUUUGAAGCUUUUUUCGGACUUGGACAUGAAUGACUCGAUUGACACCUGUGACACCAACCGAUACUUUCUAGCAUAUUUGUAUAUCUUCUAGAUUGAUCACUUGAAUAUAAUAUGUAUAGAAAACCUUUUUUCUUUGGAGCUAUUUAACUCAAAGUAAAAUAAUUAGAAUCACUGCUCUAGUUUCUUCAAAGAAACUUCCGAGCAGCGAAAAGACCAUAUGAUUGGACCAAGUCAUUAAACAUAACUACUAAUUUAUCCUUCAUUGAAAAAUACACAUCUAACUUUAAAAUCUGAAAUAAUGAUGGACCAACCUCCAUUAUGUGACGAUCAACUGGACCACAAAAAUAAAAAUACCAAUCACAAAGACUAUGCUAGUCCCAAAACUACCCCUCAACACCUUUUUAAUAACAUCAUUUUCACUAAUUCCACACCAAUAAAAAUGGUUGACACGGCCGAGCCACCGCCUAAGGUCUCCAUACACGACGGAGGAGAAAGCCUCCUCAAGAUCCGCAUUGACAGUAUGCAUAAGAAGCUAAAGGAGCCACCAAGAUUGCUCAGCUCAGCCGCUGGAAAACAAUCUUGCUCCAUCUUCCGAGUACCUCAGAGCAUGAUUGAUUGCAACGGUAGAUGCUAUGAGCCCCGAGUGGUCUCCAUAGGACCGUACCACCGAGGCCACACACACCUCCAAAUGAUGGAAGAACACAAAUGGCUUUACCUAGAUGCUCUCCUCACUCGAACCCACCAAACAAAAUCCUUAACCCUAGAGGAUUACAUGAAGACCGUCAAGAGCGUUGAGGACGAGGCACGAGAGUGUUACUCCGAGAGAAUACACAUGAAGGCAGAUGAGUUCAACGAGAUGAUGGUUCUUGACGGUUGUUUCAUUCUUGAGCUGUUUCGUAAAGUCAGUCAACUUGUUCCUUUCCAACAAGACGAUCCAAUCGUGGCCAUGGCUUGGGUGCUUCCUUUCUUCUACAGAGACUUUCUACGUAUCGAGAAUCAAAUCCCUUUCAUCGUUCUUGAAUCUUUGUUCCGUCUCACGAGAGGUGACGACGAGAAAGAGACCAACGCUUCUUUACCGUCUCUAGCGUUUGCGUUUUUCAACAACACCAUGCACAGAACACACCAAGAUCUCGCGAGGUUCAAAGACCAAAAAGCCAAACACCUCCUUGACCUAGUCCGGUCAAGCCUCCUCCCGGAGAGUGAGCUUCACGCGAGGUCAGUAACCAAUCCAGGGAAGAAGAAGGUACCGUCAAACAUCAUCCACAGCAUCUCGAAGCUCCGAAGAGCUGGGAUCAAGAUCCGCGAGCUUAAAGACGCGGAGAGCUUCAUCGUUGUGAGGUUCAGACACGGAGCGAUCGAGAUGCCUAGCAUCACCGUCGACGACUUCAUGAGCAGUUUCUUACAAAACUGCGUGGCGUACGAGCAGUGCCACGUGGCGUGCUCCAAGCAUUUCACGACGUACGCUACGUUACUAGACUGUUUGAUGAAUACUUACAAAGACGUUGAGUAUCUAUGCGACCAAAACAUAAUAGAGAAUUAUUUCGGAACAGAAGCUGAGGUUGCCGGAUUCGUGAACAGUCUAGGCAGAGACGUUGCGUUCGACAUGGCGGAUUGUUAUCUUAACGACUUGUUUAAAGAUGUGAAUGAGUAUUACAAGAGUAGUUGGCACGUGGAGUGGGCUAGUUUCAAGUACACUUACUUUAGUUCUCCUUGGUCUUUUGUCUCUGCUCUUGCUGCUUUUGUUCUUUUGAUCUUGUCUAUUGUUCAGACUAUCUUCACCAUCUUCCAGGCUUAUCAAAGAUAAAUUUCAUUUCGUUUAUUGCAAUUCAUCUAAUUUGUUGGUCUAUGAUUGAAUGGCACAUGAUAUACUUUAUGAUAAUGUUUUUGUAGUAUUAUACUAGUGGAACUAAUUACUAGUAUUAUUAAGCACAAUAACUUGUUUGGAUUUUUUGUCCAGACGUAUCAUGCAUCGAUAAUGUUCGAGUCAUUGCCUGGAGAUGGAUGAUAUUAUAUACUUUUCCUGGAACAUCUAGAUAUAUUUAUUAAUAUUAAAAGUGAGUUAAUGACAACUAUUCUGAAAUUAAUCAAAUAUAAGGGUUUAAUUUUUAAAACAAUACGAGAUUGUUUGAUAGCAUGACUGUAAGAAAUGGUCAAUUAAAUAGAAAAUGUCAACGAUCCUCUUUGCUCCGUGGAUCAACUCAUUCCACGUGACAGCUCGUGCUUCAUAGUCAAAGUCUACUAGGAGUUUCCUGCGCAGAAAUAAUAAUUUUUAACAUAAUAUUUUUUAUUUCAAAAAAAUA